UCAUAUUUACCAAGGGUGCCGAUAUUUUUGGCCAUGACUGUAUAUGUAUGUAUGCAUAAUUUAAAAAUGUAGAAUCCAGAAUGUUAAAGUCAUGAAAAAGUUAAUUGGCCAUUGUUGGAAAGAAAAAAAAUUGUAUGUGUUUCUAACAAUGGUCUCAUUUUUUAAUCUACAUUUACAAACAAUGGCGACAUAUCUUUCAACACAUGUGACUAAAUUAACCCAUAAGAACCGAACCCACAGUGACGCGGGUGUCACAAACACUUGACUAUCUGGAAAGGUCUUUUUAAAGCAUUAUCCCUCACUUUCAACUCAGGAAGUCCCUAAGUGACAUAUAAUGAACACCCAGGUUCAGUCAUGUGACAAUGUGUGCAUUUUUGUUGCCAUGGCAAGAUUUCCAAAAAGGUGUCCUGUCUGGUUAGCACAUGUUGCACACGUGUGUCAGUAAUUUUUAAAACGCUUGUUUUUGUUACUAAAGGUAUGUUUCAACCCAUGCAACAAUGGUAAAAAUGGUAAUGAGCUGCUCAUUUAAUUUAGCUGAUUCAAUUAUUUUAGUGUUAUUUAUAUUCUGCUGCUCAUUUCAAAGCAUAUUUUAACAAAUCUACACGCAUGUUUAACAUGUUGACCUCCAGUGUGAGGUAGUUAUUUAUUUUUAUUCAGUUUGCACAUUUUCAAAUUGUGAAAAAAAAAAAAUCUAAAAAUUAAUUUCUGGUUAAACCAUAUACCUGAAAAGGUAGAAUUUUGAUAUGUUGUAAGAUUUAAUGGUCACAGUUAUGUGGUUUUGAAAUAUGUUGUGGUAAAGCAAAUAAAAUGCAAAAACUGUAUUACUUCUGGAAAAUGUUUUAUGUUUUAUCUUCUAUCUUCCCAGAAAAGUAAUCAUUUUGAUAUAUGUUGUGGAAAAGCAAAAAACCCUGUUAUUUAGCACAAAAAAAUAAAAAUAAAAUGCUAACAUUUUUUUUUUUUUUCAAUUGAGGAAUAAACGCCCAGUGUAACAUAUAUGUUACAUGAAAAAUGUAUCAUUAAACGCCCAAUGUGUCAUAUGUGUAACAUUACAGAUCCUUCACAAGGAGGGGUUGUAUUUUAAAAACAACUGCAGAAACAUGUUAUAAGUGGUCCAUUUGGUCUGUUUUAUAUGCCCCAUAAUUUUCCUAUGAGGAGAAAUUGGUCCGGGUUCUUUUAAUAUCGAAAUCACAAUAUGUCCAAAAAGCAUGGUAACGCCAUUGUUUUACUGCAUUUUGUAAGUGAGGAAGGUUUGUGGUGUCUCAUUAGGGUUACAUCAGCACAAAUGUCUGUAUGAUGAACGGAUCUUCUCUCUAAUCACUAGAGGGCGAGAGGCACGAGAGGCGCCGCAAUGAUGCUGCAGCUCCGCUUCUGUCCGCUGCACGGCGCGCGCGAGUCUCUUCAAAACCCCGCCAGCGGCAACGCUCGCGCACAGAGCGGCGGGACAUCAAAGCCAAAUUGGUUACAAAGUAACAGUCGCGGCACGUCAUCAAAGUCGUUGCGGGAAGCAUUAGAACGCGGAGCGUGACAGCCGGCGGGGUUUCCCGCGAGUCCGCGUUCUUACUGAACUACAGCGAAGACAAACGCUGGGAAAAGAGGAACUGACCCGGUCAUCACGUUCAGUUUCUGCGGCUGCUGCUGUUGCAUUCGCGGGCUGCAUGCACAUACAUGCCAUGCUCACUGUAUAGAAAGACUCCAGACGCGGAUUACCGAUCCCACAGAUCCCACAGAUCCUACAGGCUGUAAACAGUUGCUCCAGAACAGGAACAAGAGUUUGACAUCCUGUGUGUUUACAACGACAUGGGGUAAGAGUCUCUGCUCUGUCGUAGUCUCAUUCAUAGGAACUUAAAGAGACUUUAACUGAGCGAAACUGAAGCCAGAAGAACUUAUCAGAGCACUUAAAAAGAGUCAGUUACUGCAGAAAAAGACCCUCAUCUGUCCAGUAAGAAUGUAUCCGUUGCACAGAGAGAGGGAACAGCCCAUCUUCAGCACUCGAGCUCAUGUGUUCCAGAUCGAUCCCGCCACCAAACGCAACUGGAUCCCGGCCAGCAAGCAUGCGGUCACCGUCUCCUUCUUCUACGACGCCAACAGACACGCCUACCGCAUCAUCAGCGUGGGCGGCACCAAGGCGAUCAUUAACAGCACAGUCAGUGCCAACAUGACGUUCACUAAGACAUCUCAGAAGUUCGGUCAGUGGGCGGACAGCAGAGCGAACACCGUCUAUGGCCUCGGAUUCGCCACGGAGCAGCAGCUGCACCAGUUUGCCGAGCGUUUUAAAGAGGUGAAGGAAGCUGCGCGUCUGGCCAGAGAAAAAUCACAGGACAAGAUGGAGCUGAGCGCCGCAGCUCUCAGUAUCGCAGCGCCUCAGGACUUGUCUGACGAGCUGCAGUCUCCUCCAGUGAUGUGUGUGAAUGGACCGGAGGACAAGCUCUUCCGGAGCCAGAGCGCUGACAUUACUCUGUCAUCAGAGAAGGAGCGCAUUAAGAAGAUGCUCUCAGAGGGCUCGAUCUGUGAGAUGAAUCUGGAGUCCGAGCUCUUCACCUUACAGGACAGUAACGCUAAACUGGUGGCGGCGCUGCAUGAGGCUAACGCUAACGUGGAGCAGUGGAAGAAACAGCUGGUGGCGUAUCAGGAGGAGACGGACAGAUUACGAGAUCAGGUGGCGGAUCUGGAGGCUCACGGCGGUCAGGGACCCAGCGACAUGCUGAAAGACGAGCUCACUCAAUCCCUGGAGGAGCUGGAGAACCUACUGAGGGCAAAGGACGAGGAGAUCCGUAUUCUCCAGAGUAAGAAGUCCAACUUCCACGAGCUGGAGCGGGAGAGAGAAGAAGCCAUUCACAGACUGCAGGAGCUGGAGAUGCGUAACGUUGAGCUGGAGCGGCGCGUGCAGAACUCGGAGCAGACCCUGGCGUCUGCGCUGGAGGAUCGCGAGCGCGCCGAGAACGAGGUGCAGAGGGUCGUUCAGAUCCUCGACGUCAAGAUCUUCGACCUCAACGACCUCCGGCAGAGUCUGGUCAAGCUGAUCAGUAAAUAGUGUGACGCGAGAGACGGAUGCUCAUUCUCUCUGCUUUCUUCUCUUUCAUCUUGAAUUUGCACUGAAAAGCUCUUUCUGUUCCAGUCUAGCAAUAACUUCAGUGUUGAGGAGGUUACGAUGGCAGGUCAUGAACAGUGUUGUUACGGUACGGUUUAUUUUUGAUACAGAAACACUAGUGCUGUGUGACGUCUUUACAAGAUCACAGGUAUUCUUUUUUUUCUUCAUUUUUUUCUUUUAAAUCAUGAUAAAGGUCACACAUCAUGAAAAAUAGGGCUGAAAAAAAUGUGUUCACAAAUGCAUCACAGUUCUUUCUCAAACGAUUCUGUAUUAAUUCACCAAAAAAAUACAUAAUUGAAAUUUUAUUUUAAAGUAUUAAUAAUUAAGUUUACUGCAACACAAGUUCACAAGAUUCAAAGUUGUGUAAAGAUUUUUAGUUAUUUAUUUUUUGCCAUUUUUACAUCUGCAUUUAAUUAUUUCAAAUUAUUAUUGAAUUAUAAAUUAUAAUAUAUAAUUAAAAUAGUAAUUUAAUGCAAUUUUAAUAAUAUAAAAAAUUAUUAGAUCUUAAUAAUAAUUUAGAUUAAAAAUUCACACAUUUCUGUCAAAUUUAAUUUAAGCAAGAAUGGCUGUCAAUGUUAAAUUUAAUUUUUAUGAACACUUCAAAACAUCGUAUAGAGAUUGUUUUUCCAUUUUUACAUCUAUAUCCAAUUAUUAUUUUAAAUUAUUAUUUAAUUAUACAUUUUAUUAUAUAGUUAAUAAUAAUAAUAUUAUUUUAAUUUAUUUUAAAAAUCGUCACACAUUUCUGUAAAAUUCUACUUCAGCAUGAAGGGCUGUUAUGUCAAAGUCACAUUAAUUGACAAUAUGUCAAAUAAAAAAAAAACAGGUUAAAAAUGUAUAAAGAUUGACUACUGUUUUCUUUUUUUUUUUGCAAUUUGUCAUCUACAUUCAAUUAUUUGAAAUGAUUAUUUUAAAAGUAAAUAUUAUAUAGUUAUAACAAUUUAAUAUAUUUUACUAAUUAAAAAUGUAUAUUAUUUGUAAUAAUUUAAUAAUUAAAAAAUUUACACAUUUCUGAAACAUUAAACUUGAGCAUGAAUGGCUCUUAUGUAAAAAUCAAAUGAAUUUUUACUAGCACUUUAAAAGAUUAGGUUAAAAAUUGGAAUCCGUUUGGAAUUGAAUCUUGACUCUGUGAAUCAAAAUCUAAUUGAAUCGCGAGUAUUUAAUGAAUAUGAUGUGUGAUUUAGUUCAUAACCAAAACAAGACCUUAGUGGCUCAAAAUGCCUCAAACUUUUGGGAGAUAUAUGAGAGGAAAGAUAUGGGUGGAAAUGAUGUUUACCAUUUUAGAAAGUCAUGAAUGAGCUUUUGUGCCGUUGAGUUUGUUUUUGUGAUUCAGUUUCUCAGCUGGGAGUGAGUGGAAACCAAAGACCAGCUUGAAUGUGGCGCCAAGCGCCUCUCUAUGUUCAUACUGUGGAAUGCUUAGUAUAGACGACAGCACUGAUAUAAAGCAUUAAAUAUUAGCUGCAUUGGCAGAAAUAUAUGAGUAGGUAGAAAUAAACAAUUCUGUUAUGAUAGAACAUUAAGAUCCCUUGAACUCAUGAGGGAAUUUAUACUUAAGAAUAGCUGUAGUUCUUUAUUGAGGAAUGGAUGAAUGUGCUUGAAUGCAUCGGUGUAGUUGCUUUGUGCAGCUCUAAGGCUUCAAACUUUAAUUUGAUUAAAGGGAUAGUUCAGGCAAAAAUGAAAAUGUGCUGAAAAUGUCCAUCUAAGAUUAGGAUGAGUUUGUUUCUUCAUCAGAUU